UUAUACAUGUUUAUUUUUAAGUAGCACUGAGGAGAGGGAGAAAAUGAGAUAAGGAGUGGACUGUGUGUUGAGAGAGAGUUAUAGAUAUUAUCUCGUCAUUCAGGUUUGGCAAAGGAGCAAUGCCAGUUCUUGGAUAGAUGUUCAAAUAGUAGUUUAAAACUGGUAGAUUCACGUGUGUUUUGGAGGGUGUGCGGUAGAGAGUUCCAUAAUUUGGCUAUUUGAUUUGAGAAUUGGGCUUCACCGUGAGUGUUGUUAGCUUUGUCUUUUUAUAUUGAGAUUUGUCUCCGAUUCGUUGACAACAUGCGAGUGGUGGUUCCAUUAAAGAAUAAAUCAUUUGUGAUGAUAUAUGAACAUUUUGUAUUUGUAUUUCAGGGUUUUCUGAACCUUGCUCUUCUGCUUGGGUAUCCGUUGUGAGACUGCGCCUCACAUCCAUCUGGUUGAUUUAGUUACCCAUCUCUCUCUCUCCAGCGGUGAAAACAAUACAGCAAAUGCAAACAUAGGAAAAAUCAGACAUUUGGCGGUUUAUACCGUUUUCUCAACUACUGAUUACAUAGACUUCCUUACCGUGUAAAAAAAAAAAAAACAGAUUUAAUGUAUUCACGAUGUACCGGACACCGCGUGUACCUCAUUUCUCCUUUGUGCGGAAUUUGAAGUUGGAUAGUCCUUUCUUCUAAACUGCUUUUCAACUUUUUGCAAGAUAAUUUGUUCCAUUUUCAUUGAUGCAUUAAAUGUUUGCGAUGUGACAACCACCGGAAUGCAUUGUUAUACUGAUAAAUACACUUACGUGACUAACACAACUACUGACAAAAACUGCUGUCAGUUAGGAGGUGCGUCUUUUCCUAAUGCUUCUCGUGGAAGGUUGGCUUCCGGGGGCGGCACCUGCAAGUGGAAGAGGGAAGUAGAAGUGUGUAAACAUGGUGGCGCGCGUACUUAGGAUGGAAGGUAAAGCAGUAGUUUGAGUAGUACUACGGAAUUUUAUUCUGAAACACCUUAACCAUGGAGUCUGAGGAAGAGCAGCACAUGACUACACUUCUAUGUAUGGGCUUUUCAGAUCCGUCUGCUAUCCGCAGGGCUCUUCGCUUGGCAAAAAAUGACAUUAAUGAGGCAGUGGCUUUGCUGACCAACGAGAGGCCUGGUCUGGAGUAUGGGUUCGAGUCGCUGGAUAGCGGUUUGGGACAUAGAGGCGAUGGAGACAGCAGUAGCAUUCGUAGUGGUGGUGGGAUCGAUCCACCCCCUGCUUAUCACGAGGUGGUGGACUCUGAGAGGAGUGAUGAAAAUGGAAACUGUCCAGGUGGUAACAUAGAAUUCCCCACUACCAACCUUUAUGAGCUGGAGAGUCGAGUAUUUACAGAUCACUGGUCUAUCCCAUACAAGCGAGAAGAGUCCCUGGGCAAGUGCUUGAUUGCCUCUACUUGUUUAGCAAGACUAGGUUUGGCUGAUGCUGAUGAGAACUGUAAAAGAUUCAUCGACAGGUGUAUGCCCGAGGCUUUUAAGAAGUUGCUGACCUCUAGUGCUGUCCAUAAAUGGGGUACAGAAAUUCAUGAAGGCAUCUACAAUAUGUUGAUGUUGCUUGUGGAUCUGGUGGCAGAAAGAGUAAAGCAGGAUCCUGUGCCUAUCAGUCUAAUGGGAUCGCUCACUAUGGCCUUCAACCCUGGAAAUGAGUAUCAUUUCAAAAACAGAAUGAAAGCUUGUCAGCGGAAUUGGGCUGAAGUUUUUGGUGAAGGGAAUGCAUAUGGUGCGUCUCCAGCUUCCAGCUUUCAGAAGGAACCCCGUGGUUGGCUUGUGGAUCUGGUUAACAGGUUUGGAGAGAUGGGUGGUUUUGCAGCUAUCCAAAGCAAGCUUAACUCUGAAAAUAUAGAGCUUGGGGCAAUAUCUGCACUAGUUCAGCCACUUGGAGUUUGUGCGGAGUAUCUCAACUCAGUGGUACAGUCUAUGCUGGAUCCUGUCAUCCAUCGGACGAUUAAAUAUGUUCAGUCUAUAGAAGAAAAGGAUCUAAAAGAUAAGAGACUGGUUAGCAUUCCUGAAUUACUCUCUGCAAUCAAAUUGUUGUGUAUGCGUUUCCAACCCAGUCUUGCGAUGGAGGUGGAUGACUUGCGUUUGGAUAUUCUUUUGCGUAUGCUUAAAUCACCACACUUCAGUGCAAAAAUGAACUCUCUUAAGGAGGUUACAAAAUUGAUAGAAGACAGCACAGUAGCCAAAUCAGUAAAAAAUGCAAUUGAUACAGAUCGGUUAUUAGACUGGCUGGUUGAAAACUCUGUUCUUUCGAUAGCACUUGAAGGUAACAUCGACCAGGCACAGUACUGUGAUCGCAUAAAGGGAAUCAUCGAACUUUUGGGCAGCAAACUGUCCUUAGACGAACUCACAAAAAUCUGGAGGAUACAAGCUGGGCAAUCAUCCACUGUGAUUGAAAAUAUUCACACCAUUAUUGCAGCAGCUGCAGUGAAAUUUAACUCUGAGCAACUAAGCCAUCUUUUCUUUCUUAUUCAGAAGACUUGGGAGAUAGAGAAUGACAGAGUCCGCCAGAAGCUUUUGAGUCUAAUUGGACGAAUUGGUCGGGAGGCUCGAUUUGAAUCUACCACUGGAAAGGUAUUGGAGGUGCUGUGGGACCUGGCUCAUCUUCCGUCAUUGCCAUGCGGUUUAGUUCAGCAAGCUCUGGAGGAACAUCUCACCAUUCUCAGUGAUGCUUAUGCUGUGAAGGAAGUUAUUAAAAAAGCCUACAUUGUUAAGUGCAUUGAAGACAUUAAAAAGUCUUCCCAGCAGAGUAACCCACAGGCAGUAUGGGUAGUACCAGCAUUACGGCAGCUACAUGAGAUUACUCGGUCAUUUGUCAAACCGACCUAUCAGAAACAAGACAAGAGCAUUAUCCAGGACUUGAAGAAGAACUUUGAAAUAGUAAAACUGGUGACUGGAAGUCUUGUAGCUUGUCACAGGCUAGCAGUCUCAGUAGCUGGACCUGGUGGACUCGUUGGCCUAACGUUGGUGGAUGGGAGGUACACUUACCAAGAGUAUCUUGAAGUGCACUUAAAAUUCCUGGCAUUUUUUUUGCAAGAAGCCACACUGUAUUUAGGAUGGAACCGAGCCAAAGAGAUCUGGGAGUGCCUUGUAACUGGACCGGAUAUCUGUGAAUUAGAUCGAGAGAUGUGUUUUGAGUGGUUUACAAAAGGACAACAUGAUCUGGAGAUAGAUGUUCAGCAGCAACUUUUCAAAGAGAAAAUUCUGAAGUUGGAACCCUAUGAAAUUACUAUGAUGGGGUUCAGUAUGUUCAAGACAUUUUUUGAAAAUGUGAAUCUGUGUGAUCAUCGUUUGAAAAGACAAGGAACACAACUGAAUGUAGAAAAACUGGAAUUGAUAGGAAUGGAUUUUAUCUGGAGGAUUGCCAUGGAAUCACCUGAUGAAGAGAUCGCUCAUGAAGCCAUUCAGUUAAUUAUAAACUACAGCUACAUAAGUCUGAACCCUAGACUUAAAAAGGACUCUGUGUCCCUACAUAAGAAAUUCAUUGCAGAUUGUUACAAGCGGUUAGAAGCUGCAAGCUCAGCACUUGGAGGCCCUACAUUAACGCAUGCUGUAACUAGAGCCACAAAAAUGCUAACUGCAACAGCCAUGCCUACAGUAGCCACGUCUGUGCAGUCACCUUCUAGAUCAACUAAACUUGUUAUAAUUGAGCGAUUACUGCUGCUUGCUGAGCGUUACGUGAUUGCUAUUGAGGAUCUUUAUUCUGUCCCUCGCACAAUCCUACCUCAUGGUGCUUCUUUUCACGGACAUCUUCUGACACUCACUGUUACUAAUGAGUCAACCAAAGAUAGCUUUUCUGUUGAGGCUCACAGCAAUGAGACAGUUGGAAGUGCUCGAUGGAAGAUUUCAAAGCAAUUGAACUGUGUUGUGGAUAACAUUCAGAUAUUUGCAAAUGACAGCUUGCUGACUGUGAAUAAAGAUCAGAAGCUACUUCACCAGUUGGGCUUUUCUGAUGAGCAAGCACUCACUGUAAAAAUAUCAGGAAGUGGAACUCCAUCUGGGAGCUCUUUGGAGGCUUCUGCCAGUACAAGUAGCAGUAUUAGUGCCUUCAGUUCAUCAUACGUUAUGGAACAGGAAAAGUCUCUACCUGGUGUGGUGAUGGCAUUGGUCUGUAACGUCUUUGAUAUGCUUUACCAACUUGCUAACUUAGAAGAGCUGAGGAUUACGCUGAGAGUUCGGAGACUUCUUUUGCUAAUUCCAACUGACCCCACCAUUCAGGAAGCCCUUGAUCAGCUUGAUUCCUUGGGAAGAAAGAAAGCUUUAUUGUCUGAAUCUUCUGGCUCUCAGUCCUCAAAAUCUCCAUCUUUGUCGUCAAAACAGCAGCAUCAGUCCUCUGCCACUUCCAUUUUAGAAAGCUUAUUCAGAUCUUCUGCUCCAGGCAUGUCUACAUUUCGAGUGCUUUAUAAUCUGGAGGUUCUGAGUUCCAAAUUAAUGCCAACUUCAGAUGAUGAGAUGGCAAGAAGCUGUGCCAAAUCUUUCUGCGAAAACUUCCUUAGAGCUGGAGGCUUGAGCUUGGUGGUGAACGUAAUGCAGAGAGAUUCAAUUCCUUCAGAAGUGGACUACGAGACGAGGCAGGGUGUCUAUUCUAUCUGUUUGCAGCUAGCAAGAUUUUUACUUGUUGGUCAGACAAUGCCUUCAUCACUAGAUGAUGAUCUAAUUAAGGAUGGACUGGAACCUUUAUCUUCACGACCAUUCCGCAAUGUUCCACGGCAAAACAGCAGGCAGAUGUCCCUUUGUGGCACCCCUGAAAAGUCAUCAUGUAGACAGAUGUCUGUAUCAGACAGGUCUUCAAUAAGGGUCGAGGAGAUCAUACCUGCUGCUCGUGUUGCAAUACAGACAAUGGAAGUGAAUGAUUUUACAUCAACGGUAGCCUGUUUUAUGAGGCUUACCUGGGCUGCUGCAGCAGGACGACUUGAUCUGGUGGGAAGCAGCCAGCCAAUUAAAGAGAGUAACAAUUCUCUCUUUCCUGCUGGAUUCCGCAGUCGACUUAGCAGCUCGGGAAGCAAUUGCAGUUCAGGAAGUGAAGGAGAAGCAUCUGCAUUGCAUGCUGGCAUCUGUGUAAAACAGCAUUCUGUUUCCAACAAAGAUGCCAUUAUUGCAGGAGAGGCCUUAUCUUUGCUGGUCACAUGUCUGCAGCUCCGCUGCCAGCAAACUGGUUCUUUUUAUUGUUUACCAUGUGUUAGUGACUUCAUCAUUGACAUUCUUCUUGGAUCACCAAGUGCAGAGGUGCGUCGUGUUGCUUGUGAUCAGCUAUAUACACUUAGCCAGACUGACACAUCAGCUUAUCCAGAUGUGCAGAAACCUAACCAGUUUCUGUUACAGGUUAUCCUCACUGCACAGUUACCUCUUUGGUCACCAACCAGCAUCAUGAGAGGCAUCAACCAGCGACUUUUAUCUCAGUGUACAGAAUAUUUUGACCUCAGAUGUCAGCUGCUUGAUGAUUUGAUAUCUUCAGAAAUGGAACAGUUGCAGCUCAGCCCAACAACAAUGUUAGAAGAUGAGAUUACAUGGCUUGAUAACUUUGAACCAACAUGGACAGCAGAAUCUGAGACAAGUGAAGCAGACAAUAUCCUUUUGGCAGGACAUUUGCGACUCAUAAAAACUCUUCUUUACCUCUCUGGAGGAGAGAAAGAAAGGCUUGGACCAUCAUUAAUUAGACAGUUGUUAGAUGAUUUCCUGUUUCGAGCUUCUAGAAUUAUCUUCAACAGCCACAUUCCAACGGGAAGCACUCCAUUAAGUCAGCAGGACUUUCAUCCAAAAUGCAGCACAGCUAGCAGCCGACUGGCAGCUUAUGAAGUUUUAGUGAUGCUGGCUGAUAGUUCCAUUUCUAAUCUUCAGCUUAUUACUGAAGAACUUUUAUCUUUGCACCAUCAAGCUGACCCUGCACUUAUUAAAGAAUUUGACUACCUACCACCAGUUGAUAGUCGCUCCAUUUCAGGAUUUGUUGGAUUGAAAAAUGGAGGUGCUACAUGUUACAUGAAUGCUGUAUUUCAGCAGCUGUAUAUGCAGCCUGGCCUUCCUGAGGCAAUAUUGUCAGUUGAUGAUGAGGUGGAAAAUCCAGACGAGAGUGUUUUUCACCAGGUGCAGUCCCUCUUUGGUCACUUGAUGGAGAGCAAGUUGCAAUACUAUGUUCCUGAGACAUUCUGGAAGAUUUUUAAGAUGUGGAAUAAGGAACUUUAUGUACGAGAACAACAAGAUGCCUAUGAGUUCUUUACCAGCCUUAUAGAUCAAAUGGAUGAGUACCUGAAGAAAAUAGGAAGAGAACAAGUAUUUAAGAACACCUUUCAAGGCAUAUUUUCUGACCAGAAGAUUUGUAAGGAUUGUCCACACAGAUAUGAACGUGAGGAACCCUUCAUGGCACUUAAUUUAGGAGUGACCUCAUGCCAGAGCCUGGAAAUAUCAUUGGAUCAGUUUGUCAGAGGGGAGGUGCUUGAGGGAAGCAAUGCUUACUAUUGUGAGAAGUGUAAAGAAAAGAGAACCACAGUAAAGCGAACAUGCAUUAAAUCCUUGCCUAUUGUCCUGGUUAUCCAUUUGAUGAGAUUUGGAUUUGACUGGGAAAGUGGUCGCUCCAUUAAAUAUGAUGAGCAGAUACGGUUCCCUUGGAUUUUAAAUAUGGAACCUUAUACAGUCUUAGGAAUGGCUCGACAAGAUUCAAAUUUUGAAAUUGGGGACAUGGGUAAAUGCACGGAGCAAGGAGGAAGUGGCUCACCUCGUAAGAAAGGUGCACCAACAGAAAACUAUGAACUUGUUGGUGUAAUUGUCCACAGUGGUCAAGCACAUGCUGGGCACUAUUAUUCAUUUAUAAAGGAUAGGAGGGUUUGCACGGCUAAAGGAAAGUGGUACAAGUUUAAUGACAAUGUGGUGGAGGAGUUUGUCCUAAAUGAUGAUACCUUGGAAUAUGAAUGUUUUGGUGGAGAAUAUCGACCUAAAGUGUAUGAUCAGUCUAAUCCAUAUCCUGAGGUCCGUCGAAGGUACUGGAAUGCUUACAUGCUGUUUUACCAGAGAGUAUCGGACCAGAACUCCCCUGUUUUACCAAAGAAGAGUCGCGUCAGUGUAAUGCGUCAAGAAGCUGAAGAUCUUUCACUGUCUGCUCCAUCCUCUCCAGAAAUUUCACCCCAAUCAUCACCUCGCCCACACAGGCCUAAUAGUGAUCGUCUUACUUUACUGACCAAACUAGUGAAGAAAGGAGAAAAAAAGGGCCUGUUUGUAGAGAAAAUGCCUACUAGAAUUUAUCAGAUGGUGAGGGAUGAAAACCUGAAGUUCAUGAAAAACAGAGAUGUAUAUAAUAGUGACUACUUCAAUUUUGUUCUUUCAUUGGCAUCGGUAAAUGCUACCAAGCUAAAACAUCCACUUUAUCAAGCAAUGGCAAAAGCAAGUCUACAGUUAUCUUUUCAGUUUCUUUUUCAGUCCUACCUUCGAACCAAGAAGAAGCUCAGGGUUGACACUGAUGAAUGGAUUACUACCAUUGAAAUGUUGUUGUCAAAAAGUUCUGAGGCAUGCCAGUGGCUGGUUAAAUAUUUAAUUGGACCUGAAGGGAAAGAACUCCUCAAGAUCUUCUUGUUGGAGUGCAGUGUAAGGGAUGUCCGUGUUGCUGUAGCCACCGUUUUUGAAAAAACUUUACAGAGUGCCUUGAUGUAUCAAGAAACAAUGAAGGAUCUGGAGCAGCUCUUGGAAGUUUUACUUACACUGCUAGAUAAGGAUGUUCCAGAGAAUUGUAAAAAUUGCUCACAGUACUUUUUCUUAUUUAACAACUUUGUACAGAAGGGUUUUGGUUCCUGUCAACUCCUCCUUAGACAUGGUGCAUUUCGUAGAAUGAUUUGCUUCCUGCUUGGUCCCAGCCGGCAAAAUAAUCAGAAUCGCCGCUGGAGCUCUGCACAGGCCCGUGAGUUUGGUUACCUUCAUAAUACUUUGGCAUUGCUUGUCUUACACACAGAUGUCUCUUCUCAAAGGACAGUUGCUCCAGGCCCAUUCAAGUAUCAGUCUUCCAUUGGGUUGUCUUCCUCUGGUUCGUUCCUGGCACUUCAUACAGAUAUAGAAAUAUUAUUGUUCAGGCCUGAGGGUCAGCUUUUUUUGCUGGAGGUCAUGUAUGCUAUGAGAGAGUUAACUGGUCCAUUAUUUAUCAUAAUUGAGAUGGUUACUUGCUGCUGUUUUUGUAAUGAGCACUUUUCAUUUAGAGUACUCCAUCUUAUCAAGAGUCAGCUGGAGAUGGCACCACCUCAUGAACUGAAAAACAUAUUCCAGUUGUUAUAUGAGAUUCUGGUUAUGGAGGACCCACUACAGCAUGAAAGACUUAAAUUUGCAUUUGAGUCAGAAAAUGGAGUCCUAGCCUUGAUGCACCAAAGUAAUAACGUGGACAGCAGUCGCUGCUAUCAGUGUAUCAAAUUUCUCAUUACGCUCGCUCAAAAAUGCCCUACUGCAAAGGAAUACUUCAAAGAGCACUCUAAUCACUGGAGUUGGGCAGUGCAGUGGCUUCAAAAAAAGAUGUCUGAACACUAUUGGGCCCCACAGAGUAAUGUAUCAAAUGAAACCUCUACUGCAAAGACUUUCCAGCGCACAAUCUCAGCACAGGAUACACUUGCCUAUGCUACAGCCUUACUAAAUGAGAAAGAUCAGUCUGGAAGCAGCAAUGGGUCUGAGGGAAGUCCAGCCAAUGACAAUCUUGAUCGCAGUUUACAACAGGGUUAUGAAUCUCCAAUGAUGAUCGGAGAAUGUAGAAGUGACCUCGAUGAUGUGGAUCCAUAGAAGAAGACUCUCUGGUAUUCGGACUUCACAUCCAGAUGGCUGCCCAGUUCAGUCCAUCAGCUAGAAGAACCACAAGCCUCAUGUUAGUCAUGUGCUGUAAUGCACUUUUGUGGAACUAACUUGAAAAAAAAAAGACAAUAGUAAUAUUUGCAGGUGUGAAAUUUUUCUAAAGUUUAGUCUAAGUGAAGCACUUUUACAGUUCUUACACAGCAUUGACUUUGGAAGUCAAAUAAGAGUAAGAAAAGGUGAACUUUGGUCAAUAUUAAAAUGUAUAGCUGUUGUGAAUUGUUAUAUAUGUGAAUAUGGAAAAGAUGAAUGUAAAGCAUUGCUUUUGUUAUAUGCAAAAGUUGUGUUAUGAUUUUUUGUACUGAAAAAUCAUGCAUACUGCCUCUCAUGAGGCAUGUUGAUACAUUUUUAACUUUGCUGGGAAUAUUAGGAAUAUUCAAUAAUGUAAAGAUAUGUGAAACAGUUUAAAUUUGCAUUGUAAAAUAUAUUAUUUGUAGAACGUGAUUCACUGUGGGUCAGUUGCAGCAGACUGGCAUACCAUCUGGGGCUGGUACCUUCCUUUCAUCCACUGCUUACUAGCACAAGAUGUGACCAUCACAGUCCUGAACUGGGUAAUGUAGGUAUCAAAAACAGAUGGAUGCUGGUCAUUUGUUUUCCCUCAAACUCUGUUUAAUAUGUCUCCCAUACUAUUUAUAUAGUACUGUGUAUUUGCAUUAUAUAAAGAUGGUUUUAGUGUCGUUUGGUUUCUAAAGUUUACUGAACUGCUUUCUACUAAGCCAUCUGUCAGGUAGAAUUAAUUACAAAGCAGAGUUUUCAUUGUUGGACAACUGAAUGCAGUCAUAGAAGAUCAGGGAUAACUUAAAAGGUCAUACAAAGCCCAUCCAUAACAUGCCUUUUUAAAAAGCCAGCACACUUGGUGGACAGAAAAGCUGGUGGGAGUAUAAUUGGUUUUACAAUAGCACUUUAAACUAGAACUGUGUAACAGUUUACAAUCAUUAUAUUACCUUUUCUUGACAUCCCAGAAGUGUACUAUGAGUUUUAUUCACGUGAACUGCAUUCAGUUGCAUGUGCUUGAUAGAUACAGAAUAAUGUUGAUAUUGGUUGUAUAUGAUGCUUUGAUUGGUUAAAGUUGACUUUAUUCUAUAGUUUUAUAUACAUUUUAUGGCAGGAAAUUAAUGCUGUGUCUUUGGGUCAUACUUGACAUUUUCAGUCAGAACAACAUGAAAAGUAUGCGUGUUCUUCAAUCAGCUGGAACCCUGUCAGAUCAUUUGAACUGAUUUUUUUUUCUUCUUUAUAGAAUGUGUUUCCACAGAUUUUAGUUUUUUUUCUCUCUCCUUUUAAACCAGUACUUUGAAAGUGUACAUUUGCUUUGUAUGUUUUUGCCAAACUUUGUUCAGUGCUUUGCCUUCGUUCUCUUGGUCUGCCUUACUGUAAAGCCACACAGUGCACAUUUUUGGAAGGGGGGUUGUGUCUGGUAGCAUCUAAGACAGUUAAAGCUGCCUCUAGUUUACCAGACCAAAGGCACAGUUGACCUUAAGUGCCUCUUAUUGUACACUAUUUUGAUAAACCUUUAUUCAUAGCUGCGUAAAGAAAAUGACAAACACAUUAAAUCAGUGUGCACAUUUUUUGCACUUUUAUAAGUAACUACAGGCUGUGCAUUGUGGAAUGGCAGUAGAGAGUUUUUUCCCCGUUAGAGAUACUUGACUUUAUUUGUGAAUUGUUUCAGUCUAAACUAUACUUUCUGCUGUGACAGGAACAGUCAGCACAAAGUUCUCUUUAUUUUAGUGCAUGGCUGGACUUGGUUUGCUAAUAAAUUUUGUCUGGCUGAUUUUUAA